GCGGCGUCGGGGUCGGGGUCCGCCAUGGCGGACGUGGUGUCGGGCAGCAAAUGGCGGCGGUGCCGGCUGCUGUGGUCGCUGCCGCGGCCGGGCCAGGGCCGCCCCCGCUCGGCGCUCGGCUUAGCCCAGCGGACGCGGCGGCGGCCGCAGCUGCGAAAGAGGCGGGAGCGGCGGCAGGGGCAGCCGUCCCCGCGGGCACACGCGCCGCACCACGCGGAGGAGAUGGAGGACCGGUCGGACGACGAGGAGCGGGACCGCCACCACCGCGACCACCACCACCACCACGACGACGACGACGACGACGACGACGACGACGGCAGCUCCCGGAGGCCGUCGCCCCCGCCCUGGACCGGCCUGGCCCUGGAGGCGGGCGACGGCCGGGCCGUGCUGCUCCUGCCCCGCGCUCAGAUUCUGACGUUCACCGGAAAAUGCCAAGUGACGUGUCUGUACGGCCAGGUGCAGAUGUUUGGUUUUACCCUCAGCCCGGGCCAGCCGCCCUCCAACCUCUACUCUUCCCAGACCCACUGUGCUCUCUCUAUCGAAGCCGUCAGCUACUCCAUGCCUGAAAAGACCAAGAAGGAGAUGAGAUCGGAAGCCCGGGAGUUACUUAAGGCACAUCUUUCCCUAGCAAACAGAAAUCAGCUGAUGAAAGAAUUUUCCCCUCUGUGUUCCAUUGUCCUCCUGGAACGUCUGGAGACCUCUGUGACAAGCUUCAUUCUUAGUCAUCAGAAAUUCACUCACAUUUUCUCAAAAACGAAAGAAAAGAGUACCCCCAUCACUCCAGAAGAUGAAGUCCUGGCUUCUGCCGGCAUUGCAAAAUGUGAUGAAAGCAGUGGCUUUCACUUGUCCGAAAGUUGCAUCUCAGCUAUUGAAGAAUUAAUUUAUGUCUGUCGUGAGGAAGAUGAUGGUUGCCCUGUCAUUCUGGCUUGUGGCCCUAAGGAUAUUGGCAAGUCAACUUUUAACAGAUACCUGAUUAACCAGCUGCUGAAUAGUAUCCCCAGCGUUGACUAUUUGGAAUGUGAUCUGGGACAAACAGAAUUUACUCCUCCUGGAUGCAUUUCUUUGCUUACUGUGACGGAGCCUCUUCUUGGACCACCAUUCACUCACCAGAGAGCACCCCGUAAAAUGGUUUAUUAUGGUGAAACUCAUUGUGAAGAAGACUGUGAAAGAUAUAUCGAGAUCGUUAAAUACGUACUCAGUUCCUACAAGAGAGAAACCCCCCUGAUCGUCAAUACAAUGGGGUGGGUGAAAGAUGAUGGGCUUUUGCUCCUCAUUGACCUUAUCCGACUGCUGUCACCUAGUCACGUAGUUCAGUUCAGUGCUGAUGGGUGUGAAGAAAUGCCCUCCCUGACCUCAGACUUCAUCGAGGUUACUUCCGGUCUGCUUACCAGAGGGAUGCCUCAGGUCAAAAAUAAGAGCCUGAACUUCUCUGAGAUGGAGGAUUUUGAGUUGUUCAACGAGGAAAGAGGUUUUCACACCUCAGUCACAGGACACAAGCUGUGCAUCGUGCAUUCAGAGUUCGAUGGAGCAGGGAGUAUGAGCUCAAUGUGGUCUCGUGCCCGCAUCCUGCGUGAUAUGACAAUGUUAGGUUACCUUGGCCAUCUACAGCCUCUGGAGCUCAAACCAAUUUUUCCUUUGCAUAGUUUGAUUCCCUAUCAGGUACCGUUCAAUGCAGUUGCCCUACAAGUCAUCCAUACUCACGUUGCUCCUGCUCAUAUCUUGUAUGCGGUCAACGCCAGCUGGGUGGGCCUUUGCAGAAUACUGGAUGAGGUGAAGCGCCAAAGCAGUGGGCCGAUCUUGCUCACACAGACUCCAAUGUGUGAUUGCUUGGGAUUUGGUAUUGUCCGAGGGAUUGACAUGGAGAAAAAACUUUACCACAUUCUCACUCCCGUGCCUCCAGAAAAACUAAGGCUAGUGAACUGCCUGCUCAUUGGAAACGUCGUCGUCCCCCAGUCCGUCUUCAAAAACCAGCCGGGAAUUGAAGGAGAGAUACCUUACCUCACUUCCGAAUACAAUUUUGAAAUUUACGGAUCCGAAAGGAUCUAAGACCUACAGCUUCAAAAAGGAGGAGGCAACAGAAUCCCGGAGCUCCACUGAAGCAUGCACUUCAGGAUUUGAUUUGCGUGUUUUAGGACAGGGACAGAAAGAGAUCUCCCAAAGAACUUGACCAAUUUUCCUGCCGCUGGCGGACAAGCUAUAGGUACAGUGGGAAGGGUGUCCGGCGGAAAGGGUGAACAUCUCUUCUCCCCUUGCUGUUCAUAUUUCAGUUUUGUAUGUUAUCUGUUUUUGAAUUAAAAUAUUUUUCAAGUCAUUA